AUGUCUCUAUUCAUCAACGAAUCUACCGGUGUGGACGGUGUGUCCGCAACGGGAACUGAAGAGCAGCCCUUCAAGAGCCCUGCCUAUGCGCUGUUUACGGCUCGCGAGGCAAGCGAGGAGCCAAAGCUUCUAGUGUUCAAGCAAGAUGCCGAAAAAGGUGAUGGCUUCGUGGAAAUCUCGGCCAGUGCCCUAAAGAAAGCACGCAAAGGGUGUGAGGGCCUGGUGAAAAAGCAGGCCAAGCAACUUGAGCAGGAAAAAAGAAAGCAGGAACAAGAAGAAAAAGAAGCUGCGAAGAAACUUGAAAGCUUGAACAUUACUAUACAGCAAGACUGUUCUCUUCCAGAAGCCCAGAAAUGCAAAAUUGCCAAAUCAUACGACGCUGUCGACCAAAGAGUAAAGGUUUCCGGUUGGGUUCACAGAUUGCGGUCAGGCAAAAACCACGUUUUCGUCGUCUUGAGGGACGGUACUGGAUUCUUGCAAGCUGUGCUCACCGGCGACCUAGCCCUUGCUUAUCAAACUUCUACUUUGACUCUAGAGUCUACUAUUACGCUAUAUGGUAACGUCAGCAAGCUUCCUGAAGGGAAGGUUGCUCCUGGCGGGGUCGAGCUGCUGGUCGACUACUAUGAAAUUGUAUCUUUGGCGCCAUCAGGCGAGGAUGCCUUCACUAACAAGAUCGCGGAAGGUGCCGAUCCAUCACUGCUGUUGGACCAACGUCACCUUGCCCUACGAGGUGAGACUUUGUCGGCCGUUAUGAAGGUGCGUGCUGCUUUCUUGCGUUCCAUUCGUCGUUUCUACGAUGAGGAGAGUAUUUGUGAAGUGACUCCACCAUGCAUGGUUCAAACUCAAGUUGAAGGUGGUUCAACCCUAUUCAAGCUAGGUUACUACGGCGAGGAGGCAUUCCUAACACAGUCUUCACAGCUUUACUUAGAGACCUGUUUGGCGAGUCUCGGUGAUGUCUACUGUAUUCAGGAAUCGUUCAGAGCCGAGAAAUCUCACACCAGAAGACAUUUGUCUGAAUAUACUCACAUUGAGGCCGAAUUGUGCUUUUUGAGCUUCGAGGACUUGCUUGCGCAUCUCGAAAAACUCAUCACCAAGACCAUCCAAUAUGUUUUGGAGGACCCUGUCGCUGGACCACUCGUUAAGCAAUUGAACCCUACAUUCAAGGCUCCUACUAUGCCAUUCAUGAGAUUGGAGUACAAAGAUGCUAUCACCUGGUUGAACGAUCACGACAUCAAGAACGAGGAGGGCGAAGCUUUCAAAUUUGGAGAUGACAUUGCUGAAGCCGCUGAAAGAAAAAUGACAGACACUAUCGGUCUCCCAAUUUUCUUGACCAGGUUCCCACUUGAGAUCAAGUCCUUCUACAUGAAACGCUGUCCAGAUGAUCUCAGUGUCACUGAGUCGGUCGAUGUUCUCAUGCCAAACGUAGGUGAAAUUACUGGUGGUUCUAUGAGAAUCGAAUCAACGGAAGAGCUGAUGGCCGGUUUCGCUCGUGAGGGAAUCAGUGCCGAUCCUUACUACUGGUUUGUUGACCAAAGGAAAUAUGGUUCUUGUCCUCAUGGUGGUUACGGUAUUGGUACCGAACGUAUUCUAGCCUGGUUGUGCGACAGAUACACCGUUAGAGACUGUUCCCUCUACCCUCGUUUCACUGGUAGAUGUAAGCCAUGA